AGGAGCGUACGGUUGUAAAGCCAAGGUUCUCGCCUUUUUCCUUUUGCCUGCCAUCGGACUGGAGAACCCGCCGUCAGCGAUCUCUGCUUUUAUAAAUUAACGCGCGAGGUGACUCUGGAGCUGCCAACGAUGUCGACCGAAGUGUCUUCAACCCGUCUUUAUCUCGGGAAUCUUCCCCGCAAUGUGACCAAACAGGAUAUCGAGGAACACUUCAGCAGCCAUGGCUCUGGAAAGAUCACGGAGAUUAAAUUGAUGAAUGGGUUCGGUUUCAUCGAGUACGAGGAUGCAAUGGAUGCAAAGGAUGUUGUUCCAGCUUUCCAUGGAAGCGACUUCAAAGGCGAACGUCUCACUGUUCAAUUCGCACGUGGGCCACGACGCAAGGAGAAUUUCCCCAGUCCGGUGGAUCGUCCCAGUGCACCCCGUCCGCGCCGCACGAUCUAUCGCAUGCAAGUCUCUGGUCUUCCAGAAACAAGUUGGCAGGAUCUCAAAGAUUUCGCCCGCCAGUCCGGUCUUGAUGUUGUCUACUCGGAAACCGGUCGUGAGCACGGCAGAGGGUUUGUGGAAUUUGAAUCUGCCAACGACCUGAAGACCGCGGUGGACAAACUCGACGGUCGAGAAUUCAAGGGAUCCAGAGUGACCUGCGUCGCCGACAUCCAGAAUCCUGAGGAACGUCCGUUCCGCGACCCCUACCGUUCUCGUUCCCCGCGUCGAGGCUACCCCCCCGUGGAUGAGUACGACCGGAGAGGCGCCCCCCCUCGUGGCUACAGCCCCAGAGCUCAUUAUCGGGAGCGUUCACCCAACUCGAUGCGUCGGGACUACUAUGAACGUGAUGGAUACGCCCGCCGCUCCCCUCCGCGCCCCAGGAUGGAUGAUUACCCUCCGCCCCGUCGCCCCUAUGAGGACCCCUACGAUGCCCGUCUUCCUCCCCCGCCUCCUCGCCACUAUGAUGAUCCAUACAUGGCCGGCAGACCGUACGCACGUCCUCGUAGUCCUGCCCGGGCCGAUUACCCGUAUGAUCGUCGUGGAUAUUGGUGAUUGCAAGAUGAAUCCACCUUGUUUUUUUAGAAAAAAAAACAACAACACCCUUUUCCUUGCCCACAACCUCUCAGCGGCCCCGUGUGAUUGUUCUCUUUUCCCAUUUGUCGAACAAAGUACAAAACUCACGGAUUGGCUUUGCUGAAUGUACAUGCACCCCCUCCCUUCUCUUGCGGCGCAGUUUCUUCCUCACGAUUUUUCAUGGAGCGAGAGAGAGAAUCUUAUGAUAAUGAUCUGCUCGAUACAAACGAAUUUUCUUUUCACUUUACACCAUCAGAUGGAAAGGAAAAAAGGUCAAUCCUGUUGGACAUACACAUGCCUGGGAAUUAACAU